ACAACACUGUUAAUGAAUGCGAAUUGAAAACUGUAAAAGGCACUGUAUGGGGUAGCCUAAUACGUUAAUAUUUCAGUUGUUGUAUUACCAUUGCGACUAUAGAAUAACCACAACAUUUUAAUAUAAGUACGCCUGUUUUACUAUGGCUCAAAAGCACUGUAGUAUUGCCUAUAACUUGGUUCAUGUGACGGAUGUCAGAUUUCGGCUUAAUUUCUGCCUUGAAACAGCCAAUUAUGUGUCAGUAAUACAUUUAGUAGGCCUGAUGUUGCAUUUGAAGAACUAUAUUAAAGAACUGAAGCAAUACAGUCAUUUUAAACGGCUAAAACAUUUGCGUUAAUCUCUGAUAUUGUCACUGAAUAGCAGCGGAGUUUGUAUGAUUCCAGUCACGUGACUCCUGUCAUUUCAGCUUCACAUCAUUUACAAGUUUUAACCUGUUGCAAACCCAAAUUUUACUUCGACAUCUGUGAACAGGCAGUCAAGAAACACUAAAUUCACUUUCAUCCGACAGAUUCAUUCCUCAUUUUUUCGACUGAAACCGACUGAUGGUGUUUUAGGCUAGCUGCGCAAAACUUAGCUUUUGCUAGUUUGAUACAACAGCACUCAAUGUCAAGCGUUUAGCUAAUAAUACUCUCAUUAUGUCACUACAAGAUGCAGGAUUACGUAGUCUCAUUUUAAUAUUUAAUUUAGUUGUUUUCAGCUGUUGCGAUGCGUCAACAUUCAACAAACCUGCUCCAUUCUGUCUCCUCAUGAAGACAGAAAACAGCAGUUCUCAGGUCAGUUUUCUCAUCCGCUCACAGGACGCUUCUCUUCUGUUCUACUGGAGUAAAUGGACCCCAGAUCAGCGUGUUAAGGAGUGUUUCAUCAGUCGGGAUGUGUCGCAGAUCCAGCGUUAUUUGUCUUUCUGUCAUGAAGAGCGCAUUAUUUGGGACAGUGACGGAAAGUUCAGCCGCUAUAAUUUAACCGCGCUCCUGGAAGAUGACGGACUUUGUCAAAUCAACUUAAAUAUUAACAGUAGUUUAACUUUGCGUGAAGAAAACGCAAAGCAAAACCAGCAGAUGGACUCAAGAGUGAAAAUCCGCAGUAAACGCGCUUGGGUUUUACCAGGGACUCUGUGGUGUGGACGUGGAACCAACGCCAAUGACUACGAGCAGCUGGGUAUGUUUGAGCACGCAGACCGAUGCUGCAGAGAGCAUGAUCACUGUGAACACAUCAUACGCUCCUUCUCGGUUAACUUUGGCGUCUUCAAUCCCACUUUCUUCACGGUUUCCCACUGCGACUGUGACCACAGAUUUAAGCAAUGCCUUCUGGGUGGCAACGACACCAUCUCCAACAUGGUGGGCUACAGCUUCUUUAAUGUGCUAAAAAUCCGCUGCUUCGAGUUCAUCCAGAGGAGGCAGUGCACACAGUACAACUGGCUUGGAUUGUGCACCAUGGUAAAACUAGCACCAGUGGCAAUAAUGAAAGACUCAACACCGUACAACUCCACCAAUCAGACAAAUGAAACCAGCGCCACCUUUGACCUUUCCUGCAAUAAAGUGCCAAUCAAACUGACACACAGCGGAGAACCCAAAACCUCCAAAAGGGAGCGAAGUAGACUGAGGAAAAAACAGAAAAUAUGCUAUAAGAAAGAGAAGAAGUUUCAGAGUCAAAAUCAGGUGAAUCAGUUUAAGGAACUGAAGAAUCUGCACAGAAACAAGCAUAAAAAAGGAAGAAAUCGUGUCCAGCUAAACUCCCUGUCCACCUUUACUCUCGCUCCACAGAGGAAAACACCUAAAAAGAUGAACAUGAGAAGGCAAAAGUUAAAAAUGGAAACGACUGUUCAGAAAACACCGAAAGCCUCUGGUUCUGCAUUAACCUCAGAGAAAACAAAGAGCACGAUUAGUCAGUCAAAACAAAUGCAGGCGAGUAAAUCAGGAGCAAAGACACUUCGAAACAAGAGGAAAAGAGCUGAAAGCAAAAUUAAGAAAUCCAAGAACCGAGAGGAAAAACAUCAUCGCAAUCAGAAACAAGAACAUAAUAAAAUAUAAACGAAUUCUGUGUCAUCUUUCAGAAACAAUAAUGAAUGAAGAGAUCUAUGAAACAUAUAAACAAUACAAUAUAAGUGUUGUUAUUCAUUCAUUUUCUUUUUGGCUUAGUCCCUUUAUUAAUCAGGCGUCGCC